AUCGCUGGCGAAAGCAGCCGCUCAGUUGAUCCCUGGCGCUUUCCGGACUGUCAGCAGUCAGUCAGGGCUCCAGGAAACCUCGGUGCUGAUGUGUUCCCCAGAAACAGCUGAAAAGGACCUUCUCUGAGCGGAGCCUCCUUCCCUUUGCUUGUUCCAGUGUUUCCCAGCGCCAGCAGCUAUGGACAGCUCAGUGUGGGGCAGGAGCUGCAGCCGGCGGCAGCAGCAGUGAGCUAGCAGGUGCUGAAUGAGUGAACGGCCUCGGCAUGUGGGGCUGGGAGCGGCGGUCACUGCGGAGUGCACCGAGCAGCCAAUGCAGUGUUGAUACGUCAUAUAAACAACACGUUGAACAAAGGGAGCCAAUUUACACAAUCCUGGCCUAAACCUCAGACUCGUAUCUGUUGGUAGUUAAUGAGCAAGCGACUUUCAGGAUGGUAGCAGUGAUGAGAGAGGCUGAUGAAGAAAGUCCAAAGCAAUGGAGAAUGCCACACCUGAACCAAUGUACGUUGAUGUGGACAAAGGAUUGACAUUGGCCUGCUUUGUUCUCCUGUGCCUCUUCCUGAUUAUGAUGAUUAUCCGCUGUGCCAAAGUGAUCAUGGAUCCAUACAGUGCUAUCCCCACAUCAACCUGGGAGGAGCAGCAUCUGGAUGACUGAACGAAAUGCAAGCACAGGGGCAUGUUUGAAAGAUUCCUCAUGCUGCCACAAGAUAAAGAUGCCCAACUGACAUGUCUGCUUGUGCAAACAGCACUCAUUACAAAUACUGAACUUAGUUGUCAAAUCCCAUGAACAUCUUUACUGGAAGUUGCAUGUGUAUAAGUGCCUCAGCAAAGAUUAUGUUUGUCUUAAAUGACCUUUUAUGUUUAUAUCGUACAGUUGCACUGGUUCAAUAGAACUGUAUAUCUUACACAUAUCAACAGUAGUCUUAGGGUAGCAUAGGAUAAAUAUGAAUCAAUUAUCUGCUAUUAAAUAUAAAGGCAUAUGACAAUGUCUCAGCCUUUGCCUGCUAAAUCCUAUGUCAUAAAAUCCCUAAUUCUCUCUAAGCAAUAUAUAAAUGGUAUAAGUUUGAAAGGCAUUGUGAAAAUAUCUGUUUUCUGAAAAUUGUUUACAAUUGCUGGUGCUUUCCUUGACCUGUAACCUUGCGACCUCUCAUUACAGCUUCAAUCGCUAAUGUCCUUUAAAAACAACUUACGGUUUGUGAUUACGCCAGACGAGUUUUUGAUUGACCCAUUCCACAGAGUGGCACCCAAUGUUUUCUCACAGUUCGGCUCCAUUAAAUCAACCAGUGAUGGUACGAUUAUCAUUUGUUUGUAUCCUGGACCAAAACACAUCAACUGAGAGUAAUACACAUCUGUGUAUCAAUUGUCAGUUAUGCAUUCUCAGUCUUAAUGUCAUGUCUGCAAGGUUUCUGCCUCCUGACCCCAAUUGCAGCUUAUAGCCAGUGGUGAAACUGUAAGGAGGAGGAGCUAAUGACCAUAUCCAUAUAGAACAAACUUAAAAAUAAAGUUCCAUUUUUAAAAACCCCAA